AUGGGCCGGGCGGCGGGGCUCACGCUGGACUGGGCGGGCGGCUUCUCCCUCAGCGAGGGCACGCCCGGGGCGCCUCCGGUGUGGUCCUACAGAUUCUCCCAGCUGAGAGGCUCGAGCGAUGACGGCAAGUCGAAGUUGAAGUUGCAUUUCCAAGACACGGAGACCAAAGUUAUCGAGACCAAGGAGUUGGAGUGCCAGAUACUGCAGAGCCUACUGUUCUGCAUGCACGCAUUCCUCACCGCCAAGGUUGCGUCAGUCGACCCCGCCUUCCUGGCCUCAAUUCAGCAAUCCAAC